UGGAGGCAGCGUUCGGCAGGCGCUGCGGAGACGUGUGGAGGAGCGCGCCCCCCGGCCGCUGCCGCCCCUGGCCCCCGCGGUCCUCCCGCUCCUCCGCGCCUCGGGUGGGAACCCGGCCAACCCGGGCGCCGCGCUGCCGCCCGGAGCGGCCCUCCCGGCAGCUCCCGGCGCCCGGGACCCCCGCCCGCCGCUCGCCCGCAGCCCGCCGGCCGCACACGUCCCCGGAGCCGGGCCUAGGGCGGGCGGCGGCUCGGCGUGGCCGGGCGGGCUCCGCGGCGUCCCCAUGGCCGCGGCCGGCUGGCGGGACGGCUCCGGCCAGGAGAAGUACCGGCUCGUGGUGGUCGGCGGAGGCGGCGUGGGCAAGUCGGCGCUCACCAUCCAGUUCAUCCAGUCCUAUUUUGUGACGGAUUAUGACCCAACCAUCGAGGAUUCCUACACAAAGCAGUGUGUGAUAGAUGACAGAGCAGCCCGGCUAGAUAUUCUGGAUACAGCAGGACAAGAAGAGUUUGGAGCUAUGAGAGAACAGUAUAUGAGAACCGGCGAGGGUUUCCUGUUGGUUUUUUCAGUCACAGAUCGAGGCAGUUUUGAAGAAAUCUAUAAGUUUCAAAGACAGAUUCUCAGAGUGAAGGAUCGUGAUGAGUUUCCAAUGAUUUUAAUUGGUAAUAAAGCAGAUCUGGACCAUCAAAGACAGGUAACACAGGAAGAAGGACAGCAGUUAGCCCGACAGCUUAAGGUAACAUACAUGGAGGCGUCAGCAAAGAUUAGGAUGAAUGUAGAUCAAGCUUUCCAUGAACUGGUCCGGGUUAUAAGGAAAUUUCAAGAGCAGGAAUGUCCUCCUUCACCAGAACCAACACGGAAAGAAAAAGACAAGAAAGGCUGCCAUUGUGUCAUUUUCUAAGAAUCCCUUGAAUUUUAGCUACCAACUGCCAGGAAAAGCCCUCAUCUUCUCCUCCUCUCCUUAUGGUUUACAUCACAUCGUGUUGGUACCUUUCUAGCCUUAGACAAAUGAUCACCGUGGUAGCCUUAGACCAAGAAGCUGGCUAAUCCUUUCCGUGAAGCUAAUCCUAUGGUCAUUUCAAGACACAUUUAAAGGAAACACUAAGGCUGCUUCAAAGAUUAUCUGAUUUCUUAAAAAUAAUGAUCUACAUACAUAGACACAUUUUUUUUUUUUAAGGGCUUACAUUUUAAUAGGGAUGAAUCAGUUUUGGAACCUAAGCUGUUUGCCAAGCUGAAGUCAUAGGUUGUGAAAUAACUUUUAACUUCUGGAAUCAUAUUGCCUAUUGUUACUCUAAAUAGAAACGAGUUGUUUUUAAAUGUGAAGUUUUGCCUAUCUCUAAAAAUUUUGAUGUCAACUUUAGUUAAUCUUAAGUACACAGAAUUGAAUCCACAAAAGUGAGACAUCUCAGACCUUUACCGAUGCUACAGCCUUUGUUUUCCAGUGGCCAAAAUACCAAAAUGCCUGUUACGUUUAUAGAUUAAAAACUGCAUAUAAAGCCUUUAUUACAGCUCCACUCCGAAAGAUGAUAAUAAUGUUCUUUGUGGCCAAAUAUUUGGACUUAUUCUGGAUUUAGGCAUUUCAAUGUUCUUGGUUUUUUAAGUUAACUCUUUUCACAGCCAUGUUGAGAGUAAAAAUAAAUAAUUUCUGUCUGUCUUCCUUUUCAAGUAUUUCUGGAUAAGGGAUUCAAAAGAACUAAAACUGUUUUUGUUUGUAAUAUAAAAUACGGAAUUGAUCUUUCCGGGGUCAGAGAUGAUUAAUGUUUUUGCUAUAUACUUUUAUACAUUAUUUUCUUAUCAAACUAGUUAACAAGUAUUUUUAUAUGUUUGUAAGCAAAUAUGCUUUCACAGCAUACCUUGUGUAUAUGUAAAGAUAAGUAUUUAAUUCUCACUGUUCACUUUUAACUGACAAUGAAAAAAAAAACCAGUGAAAACUACAGAAACUGUGGUAGCGCUGUACUUGCCGUCGCGGUCCUGGUCCUGGGGGCACCCACCUUUGGCCAGUCACACACCUGCUUGAGAAACCUCCUCCAUAGAUGACAACAGGGUGAGAAUCUGAAGUCACUUGUGAUAUCCCGUACUAGGUAUUGACUGUUCUAUCAAGUAGUAAGUGUAAAACUUUGAAUUGACAAUUAGUAUAACUGUGGAUGGCUUCUGAGUUUUGUUUUUAAUUUUGUGGAUUGUGUUUUCAGCAAUUCAGAAGUGUGUUCCUGACGGUGGGAUACUAAGUGGUAUUGCACGGUUGUCACUUUACUGAAUGUGUACAACAGCCCCGUGAAGUUGAUAAAGCAAACCCUUGUAUAGCUUCAGGUGCUAGAAUUAAAACUGAUCUGUUAUCACAAGA